AUGGAUACCUCCUCUGUCCCUCUCCUGGACUACAGCCUGCUUUACCAGUGGUCCUCUGACACUGACCUGUCCAGCAUUUCGUCCCCAGAGACCCUCUCACCCGUCACUUCCAUGGACUCCAGCCUCUCCCCUUCCUACCAGCAGCCUCCACAGUCCACUCCUAAAGCAGCCAAGUGCCUCAAGUCCUCACCUUUCUCCCCGCCCGGACGUGGUCGUAAGAAGGGCCGCAGCACCAGGAUUCGCAGCAAGCAGAGGGAGAGCGCCAGUGAGAAGGAGAAGAUGAGGAUGAGGGAUCUGACCAAGGCUCUGCACCACCUCAGGUCCUACCUUCCACCUUCAGUGGCACCGGUUGGACAGACUCUGACAAAGAUAGAGACUCUGCGUCUCACCAUCCGCUAUAUUUCCUACCUGUCAGCUCAGCUGGGGCUCAGUGAGGAGGUUCUGUUUCAGAGGAGAGAACAAGUGGACACCUCAACUAGUGAUACCUCCUCUCCUGAUGUAGUUAGCUACCUCCAGAACUCCUCUGCUGCUUUAGAGCACAUGCAGGGCCAGAACCGGUACCAAGGCCUCUGUUACAGCCAGAACAGACCCUUGCAUUCUGGGAACUGUAGUUUCGGAGGAAAUCAGCUAAGAACUCGAUACAGUGAAGACCCUCAUGUGGGCAUGGAUGGAGAUCUGCAGACACAGCCAGCAUCCCAGCCCUCCUGUCAGAUGUGUGGUAAAGACUUCUGCAUCCCACUCGUUCCAAGAGACUACUGGGGCUGACUGACUGUCAGACAACGGACCAAAGCUCCUUUCAUUGAUUU